GACGGCCGCACCGCAACCGGAAACGUAUCCUCAGCGCUUCUAGUGGGUGCUUGGGGAUGCCAAGCUUUUACGUACCUGUAACUGUGUCCUGCGCUUUUGUGCCAAAUACCUUCAACUUAGCCGAGUACUCGCCGAAAGUACCGUCUCGGGGAUCGACGGUCACAGCACGCUGCUCUGGGCGUGCGUUUUCGUGAUUGUCCGAGCUGCCCACUUGUUGUCUAACCCGUUCCCUUGAGCGUGUGCGCUGUGCGCUGCCCCAGGGAACCAGAAUUGGACUGCAGGAAGUUCUUCAAAUUAUCUUGAUCGGAGAAAUCGCUCACUUUCUGCAAGGACUAGAGCUCAUCAUGAUUCACUCAUCAACUACAACUCGAAACACUAGGAUUAUUUAGUGGAUUAGAAUCACUUUAAAGUUUUUAGUUCAUGAGCUGAAUUGAUAAGUCUGCACUUUUUCAUGCUGCUUAUGCUCCUAAACAGUCUAUCAACCUUAAUUUUUAUUCAUAUGUGUGUGAAGCAUGGCACCAGUAGGCAAAACUAUUCCCCAUGAGAAUGGGUUUCUAUCGAAAGGUGAAAAUGGUCACAGCAAUGUGUUGGGUGAGGGAACUAGACUGUUUCCUGAAGGAAUCUACAUUAAAAGCGAAGAGGAAGAGGAACCAACCUCUUAUGUCGCAAUGAAUGGGGAUGAAGGAGUGGUCAUCAAGACAGAAGAAAUUAGUGAUGAUGAAUAUGAGAAAUCUGAUGUAGAUAUUUUGGAUGAUAUCAAGUCAGAAAAUGAAGAGGGUAGUGACAAGUCGAGCAGCCAAGGAGAUGACAUCACAGAAGAACCUGGGAAACCUUUGUUGUGUAGAGUUUGUGGAAAGCAAUUUACAAGAGCUUUUUAUUUUAACCUGCAUGUCAAAACUCACGAAAUUUCAAUUGCGAGUAUCCCUAACAAGCCACAUAAAUGCCAGGAAUGUGGUAAAACAUUCGCUCUACUGCAGCAUCUGACAGGACACUCAAGAACUCACAUUGCAAGCAGAUAUUUUGAGUGCCCCAUAUGUCGAAGGAAAUUUACAGAACUGUCAAAUCUCACCAUGCAUUUGUUGAAAACGCACCCUGAUGAAAAACCUUACAAAUGCUCUGAAUGUGACAAGCAAUUCACACAAUCAUCGGCUUUAAAGAAGCAUAUGAGAACUCACAGUAGUGUUAUGUCACAAGAGGAAAUUGAUCGAAUUGAUAUGUUGUUUUAUGUUGAAAACUGCCAUGAGAAAGAUGGAGAUGAGCCUCUACGGAAAAAAAUCAAACUGGAAAAAGAAGACGAAAGGACUACCCCAACUAAAGAAACCUUCAAGGAGAAGGGAAGACAGGAUGACAAAUCUCCACCAUCUAAAGGAAAAUCUCCAGCCCAGAAAGAAAAGUCAAUAUCACCUAAGAGGAAAUCCCCUGCAAAGAAUAAGGGUUUUCAUCUUAAAGCUGCCAUGGUUGAAAACCCAGUUGUUGAAAUCAAAGAAGAAGAUGUAUCCUCUGACAAUGAGCAAACACCCACUAGCAUUUCUUCAAUCAAAGAGAGAGUACCCUCUCAAACUAGGAUUAACACUCUUUCCCCAGCAUUGUCACCAAGUUCAGAUACCUCCGCCGAAUCAAGAGAUUUGUCCAAUCUAGACUACGAUGUUCCUCUGUCAGGCAUGUCACCAGAAGUACCCGCUUACAUUGGAGUACUGGCGGCAAUAGAAAAUGACAGCUCAUCGUCAUCAAAUUCAUCUUCAAACAUGGAGGAUACUGGCACGGAGCUGACAAAUAUAAGCAAUGCGAAGAACUUGUCACCUUUAAGAAAUGGUGCACCACAUAAUAAAGUACUUAGCCCUCAUUCGAAGGCCAUGUUACCAACACUUUGUCAGCAAAAUAGUGAUUUGUUUUCAACUAAAUCAUCUCCUCUUCAGUUAUUGCCAGAAACCAAUGAAAAUGGUAUGGUUACUGUGGUAAUCAAAGAAGAAGUUGUAAACGAAAAUGAAAAUGUAGCACUAACCUGCAAUGGUGAUAAAAAUUUCAAAUCCAAGUCUGCUGCAUUUAUCUCUCCUGAUAAAAAUAAACCCAACUGUGUUUUAGGGCGAGAAGGCAAGAAAUCUGAUAAACGAGAUCCAGUACCCUCCAUAGAGAAGCCUGAUGGUGUGUAUGAAGUGCAGUACAAGUGUCAUAGAUGUGAACUGUACUAUGAUUCUGAAGAAAAACUUCAUGAGCAUCUAAUGGAUCACACUGGUGUUAAGCUGUGUGAGUGUCGGUUUUGUGGUAAAGAUUUCACCAAAAUGACUUCCCUGAAAAGGCAUUUGUAUUAUCAUGUUGCUGGAACCAUUCCUCAAGAUUGUACAAGAUGCGGCAAAUCAUUUUCAAGCUUCAAAGAUUUAAAGGAUCACUGUGCAAAUAACAAAUGCAUUGCUGCUGCUAAGACCCAGUUCAAGUGCUUUCGGUGUAGAAAAAAUACAUCGUCAUUGAAAAGGCUAAAAGUUCAUCUUUUGUCUCAGUGUAAUGAAGAACCAGUGCAGUAUUACCUUCCCAAAGAAGGAAGUGAUAGUAGUUCAGCUGAAGUGGAUUCUGAUGGUGUUUCAUCUAAGGACACUGCUUCAGGGGAAAGAGAUAAAGAUGACUCUGGAUUCUCACAGCUUUCAAGUAGGUGGGUCAAUCAAAAGUUUGAGAAAGCAGUCCCCAAAGAAGAUCCCGACAUGCAUGCAUUAAAUUUGGAAGCUGAUGAUAUAGAAGCGUUGCAGAUUUUAAGUGAAGUGGACAACUCAAGUCCGUCAGAUGAAAUCUGGAACUAUCAAUGUGUGAGCUGUGAAGAAAAGUUCGAAACUGCAUUGAAGGCUAAAGUUCAUUCCAAGGAAGAAUGUCUGGCUAGGUCUGGAUCAGAAAGGUCAACGGAGAAAGAAACACUGAAAAUCAAAGUCGUAUUCGAGGAAGAUGAAGAUUUACAGUGCUCCUUGACUUGUUCUGAGUGUGACAAAAAAGUUGUUGGAGUUGAAAAGAUGCUUCUUCACAUUAAAGAGCAUAUUUAUCAACGAAAUAAUCUGACCUGUCCCGUACUGAAGUGUGGAAAGCUGUUCAAAGACCCAAAAGAGUUUAAACUUCAUCUUAAAGGUCACACAGGACAUAAGCCUUUUAAGUGUGCUGAUUGCGGAAAGCGCUUCUUUUUGCGUGAAAACUAUGAGAACCAUGCACAGAGACAUGGCAUUCUCAAGAAUUGGAGUUCUUUGAAUACAAUUAUUGGAGAAUCGGGUGUUAGCAAAAAAGCUGCAUGUGCCAGAAGCCCCAUAACUAUAGAGUCGACUAUUGCCAAUUUAGAAGCAGCUGAACCUGAUGUGGAUAGGAAGCUGAGGUGGACUCCCCAUGCAACCUCCCAACCAAUUAGUGAACGUGAUGAAUUCAAACCUUCCAAAAGCAUAAAGGUGGAAAAAAGCAUAAAGACGGAGAAAAAUAUUAAGACGGAGAAAAACAUUAAGACGGAGAAGAACUUUAAGACGGAGAAGAACUUCAAGACGGAGAAAAACUUUAAGACGGAGAAGAAAUCUUCAACAAACUUGCCUGCUGUCUAUAGACAGGCCAAUCAUGCUGUGUACAAAUCUAAGCCAGCCAUUCUCAAACCUUCACCAAUUGCUAAUAAAGCGCCUGAGAAUGUCAAUCGAUCUCCACCGCCUAUGAUUAGAGCUGCUGCUCCUAUGAUCAGAACUGCCGCUCCUAUGAUUAGAACUGCUCCUCCAAUGAUUAGAACUUCUGCUCCUAUGAUUAGGACUGCUCCACCAAUGGUUAGGACUGCUGCUCCUAUGAUUAGAACUUCCGCUCCUAUCCACAGAACUGAAUUAUCUAUCCAUAGAUCUGGGGUUCCUAUUAAUCUAACGGUCAAUAGGCCAGUACCAUCUCUUAUUAGAACUGGACCUGCUAUCAUCAGACCCAUCAGACCUGUGCCUACUCUAAACCGUGCUGUGUCUCCUGAUGAGAGACCAAUUCAUACUUCUGCAGGUUUCUUAUCUCUGACAUCUGCUUUCCCUGUUUCUCAAGCAAGAUCAUUUGCAAUUACAUCACCGCCAAGCAGCAAGACUGUAUUCUCUGUUGCAAAUGUCUCUACAGCCAAGUUUGGAUUGAGUCCGAAAAAUUCCAAUGGACGCGCCCAUCCUCCAUCCUACUAUCGCGUGUCUGAACACUCCAGGGCUCAUAUUCAAGCCGCAAAUGCAGAAUUGAGGAAGUACCCUCGGUCGGGUCGUUGCGAAGUUUGCAAGAAGAUUUGCUCUCGCCUGGACAAGCACAUGAUGGUACAUCUCAACCAGAAACCUCAUCUAUGCCCAAUGUGUCCUCAAGCUUUCAGGCAAAGUGAGCAUUUGAGGCGCCACAUACGAGCAAGACAUGAAGGCAACCAUCGACAAUUUGAAUGUCCAAAGUGUCAUAAAAGACUUACUAGGAAAGACAAGCUAAAGGAGCACAUGAAAAACUGCAUUCGUUUGGAUGGUGAUGUUAAUAUUAAUAGUCCUUUAAGUAAUUAUAGUGAUGAUAGUCCUGUUACUCUUGGUGAUAGUUUGUUUGACAUGAUACCUGGUCCACAUCAACUCAAUUUGCAAGGUCACAGUGUGGAAUGAGGUCUACAGCUACCAUUCUCUCUCUCUCUUUAUAGACUAAGAUUUUUUUAAAAGUGUAAUUUCUUACCCAUUAUUUUUUCUUUUUAUGAUUUUCCUUGUUUUGAAGGAAUUGUCCUGUUAUUUUAUUUUUAACUGCAUUCUGACGUACUGGUUGCUUGAUCAGAUGCAUUCUUUUCUGAUUCAGUGCUCAUAUGAAAGGUUGUACUUCAUAGGUUUUGUAUUGUUUAAGUGAGUAUUCUUUAAUAUGAUUUAUAUUGUAAGGAACAGUUCCAGUGAAUGUGAAAUGACCUCUUAAACUAAGGUCUGUUCUGCUUUAUUUUGUAAUGAAUUCUGUGCAUAAAUAUCCUUUCUGGAAACUUCACAUGUACAAUGAUUUCUGUUUGAUCAGAAAAUCUUGCUCUGCAUGAGUUAUGGCACAUGAAUGGUUUUGUACAGACCUAGUAUACUUUUCUUUUUUCAAUGCAUUUUUCAUUUUGUAUUAAAACUAUGUAUUCAUCAUGUCUGUUGUAAUUGAAUUGAAAGUUAUCAGUUUUAGUCUGAUGCAGAAAUGUAUAGUUCCUAUUUAACAUACCUAUUAAUGCCACUUGUUGAUUCUGAUUCCCUUUGAUUAGUUAUGUUCUCAUCAUUAUUAUUGUUGUAGAGGCCUUAAACAUUACUCUGACUAUAAAGUGUUCCAUUUUUGUGUAAAGUAGCAUCACUCCAAUGUCACUUUCUUUUUCUAAAAGUAUUUCUUGUUUUUAAACUUUUGUUGUAUAGUCUUUCAAGUGUCAUGGCUGUGCCAGUGACCUGGUUAACCUUCUGUUCAUUUGCUGAAUUUAGCUUUGGGAGAUGGAUAGAUCUUUGUGGUGAUCAUCACUGAAUUAUUUUGGAGUAAUGCCUGUGUAACCAGUUCACUUUGUGACACAGAACUGAACAGUGCUGCUUUGUAUGUAACUGCUUCUGUAUGAGGCUAUUUUCCCAAUUUUAAAAUCUUGUGGCGAAUCACCAUUAGGUGUUGGAUCAGAACCCUGUUUUGGAUUUUAACAAAAGCUUAGAUUGAGGCAGUGACAAUGUCAAUGCUGUAUAUUUUAGGUAUAUUGUGAUUUUGUAGCUGAUAAUUUUGUGGAUUCUGUCCCUUUUGUUACCAGUAUUGUAAUUUUACAAUUCUUUACUAAUAUUGUUUUGUAGUUGAUUUUCAAAGUGUCAACCCAGUAAUCGGACAUCAUGCCAUUGUAGUUUUCUUUGUUCAAAAUUUUAGAAAGCAAGUCUGAUUAAUGAAUAAAGUUGCUCAGGCAAAUGAUCUGAUUUGUAAGUUUUAAGUUAGGUACAAAUAAAAUUGCAGAACUUA